AUGACCUUCAAACCUCUCCUAGCACCGUUCAACGUCUCAAAAGAGUCGACAAACUCUCGGGGAAUACUUCAGCCCCCGCGAAACUCGCCGUUGCUAUCAGCAGUAAUUCGUGACAAUUUAACCCUUUCAACCUGGCUGCUCCUGGGCGGACUCCUACAAGGGCUCGUCGUAAUAGUUUUCGGCACCUACGCCCUCUUCCCGACAAUGCUAAUCCUCCUAUACCGCACAACCGACCACUUGCUGAUGGCUGCCAACAUAACACGAAAUCGCUACAUGGACGGUGUCAUCCAGACAAGAUUCUCUGCGCAAGCCCCCGAUGAAAACGGCACCUUCGGGAAGGAAAUUGCCUCUGAGUCAAUUGUGGUCUUUCACCUAGGCACACGCUCAAACCACCCUCUCGGUAUCUUCGCCCCAGGAUUCUCCGAGGUGAACAAACAAGUCAUAGCGAUGAACCGCGAGAUGAACUCCGACCCUGUCAAGUACGGCCUCCUCGGAGUCUCGACCUGGGGUAAGCAGGACGACGCCGCAGGUAAUGAGUUGAUGGCAAUUUACUAUCUCCGAGAUUACGAUGCCUUACAUCGGUUUGCGCAUGGCUCGCUUCAUGUGGAGGGCAUGAAGUGGUGGACGGGGAUCGUUAAGGAUCAUCCGCAUAUUACGAUUUACCAUGAGACGUAUAUUGUGCCGAAGGGGAAGUGGGAAAAUAUCUAUAUUAACGCGAGACCGACAGGGAUGGGGGAUACGUGGUUUCCCGUUGUCGAGGAGGGGAAGAGGGAGGAGGGUGGUGUGUCGCGGUUUGUGAGGCCAAUUGUGGAUGCAAAACAUCCCGCUCUGAGAUCUGCUGCCAGGAGGCUGGCGAUGCGUCAGUUGGAGGGGACUGAGAAGAGAGAGGAUGAGUUGUAUGAUAGGACGUGGUAG